UGUAUUGGCGCAUUGACCUAGCUAGAGCGCCUCUUGCGUCCGCUCCUUUUCGUCUCGAACAACUCGUCCAUCGCUACCGCCGCUAGGGCUUCUUCUUCUUCCAGCCGUCGCUUGCAGUUGCAGUCAUCGCCGGCCCCCUGCUCAACAUCUCCUCCGACUUCACAGCGCCACGAACCUGACCCCUAAAAGAUCAUCUUUUCCAUAUACCCCCUGAUCCCACUUCAUUGCCAGUCACAGGAUACAGCCACAUCCUGAAAGUUUCCGUUUGAUUCCUUUCCAGCUUCCGCAACAUGGGUAACAUUUUAACUUCUGCAAUUAACAAGCCCAUACCAGAGACCUCCUCGAGAUGCUUGACCGAGUGUGUCACCGCCGCCCACAACUUUGAGGUGAUUAAGUACUCUCUGCUCGAGGGUACGGGUAUCGGCAAGUUCGUUAGCUCCAGCAAGUUCAACGUCAGCGGCUACGACUGGAACAUCAGGAUCUAUCCUGAUGGGGCCAUGAAGGAAGACAAAGCUGCCUACAUGUCGGUCUACUUGUGUUUCUGCGGUGGAGCAACAAGGGAUGCCAAGGUGAAGUACACUUUUAGUUUGUUAGAGAAAGAUGGAAAAGUCAGUAAUUUAACGGACGGCGCAUAUACCUUUUCAUCGGCAAGUACCGGUCGGGGCUGGACCAACUUUAUCGACAAGUCCAAGCUCAAGGAACUGCUGUCCCGCAAUGACGACUGCCUCACAAUCAGGUGUGUUUUGACUGUCAUAAAAGACCAUCACACGGAACAAGUUGGCACAGUCCCGGUCCAGGUCCCGCAGUCAGACCUGCACACGCACUUUGCAAAUAUGUUGAAGGACGGCGAAGGCGCGGACGUGACAUUCAGUGUCGGCGACCAACUCUUCAGUGCACAUAGAUACGUGUUAGCCGCACGAUCCUCGGUCUUCAAAGCCGAGCUCUUUGGUGAAAUGAAGGAGACCACCACAGAACACGUCAAGAUCGAUGACAUGGAGCCUGCCAUCCUCGAUGCACUUCUUUACUUCAUGUACACAGAUUCUCUGCCAAGCGAUUUCGAUGUUGAUCAAAAUGUGUCAUUGCAGCACUUGUUGGUCGCUGCAGAUCGGUAUGGACUGGACAGGCUAAAGGCUAUUUGUGAAGAGAAGCUAUGCCAGAAAUUUGAUGUGCAAACAGUUGCAACGACACUUGCUUUAGCAGAGCAGCACCACUCGUUGCAACUUAAAAGAGCUUGCCUUGGAUACCUGUCUUUGCAGGACGUGCUUCGGGCUGUCAAGAAGACGGAUGGAUUCAAGCACCUCACAACCAGCUGUCCAUCGAUUAUGAUGGAGAUAUUAGACAAGGUCGCCCCAUCGUCACAAGUAUGAGUAGUCCAGCUCAGAAUUUAGAUUGAAGUAUGCAGUCCUAGUCGUAUCCAUCGGAAGACUGAACUUCUCUUCGAGAAUGUGUGCUCUGUGCUCUCAACUUAUUGGUGUUCAAAAUUCUAAGGAAAUCCACAUGGUUCUUUGUUUCUUUCUUUUGUGUUGUUCUGUUUCUCCCUUUAGUUUUGUGGCAGUGAAUUUUCCGAUAGACCCAGAGGAAACUAGGUUUACAUAUUUUGAUAUGAGUAUAUACUAGACUGGAGCUCUGAAUCUGACCUUGUUUGCUGUACCAUACUCCCUUCCACUUCCAGAUAUUCCAAGCUGCCUGUCUGAGUUUGUACUUGUGCAAUUAGAUUUAGGCUGCGUGAGACGGGACGAUGGCACAAUACGCCGGGCCGUACGCUAUAAUAACCGUCAAUAUAGCGGACGGGGGCCGAUUUUCCGCACCAAACAGAUCCUAUAAAAUCGCUCGCCCGCUAAUGUUUUUUGCGGGAUCCUACGUACUCCCUCCGUUUCAAAAUAGAUGACCCAACUUUAUACUAAAAGAAAAGAAAAAACAUAGGGGGGCUCUAUUCCGCCGGGAGUAGCUUUGCUAAGUUUGCAGUGAACUUGAUUUGCUGCUCCAAAUCAAGAUCCUUGACGUACGAUGAUUUUCUGCGUUCCUUGUGCGUAGUGCUCCGCGUGUGUUCACGCAUCUGAGAUGGAUGAUUUUGACGGUCAGGCGACAAACAAAUUUUGGAUUGAAUUUUGAAUUGCUGAAACACCGUCUCACGCCCAUAAACACAAGGCGGCAGCAGCAUGGGAAUUUGAAACGAUGCA